AUGGCUACGUCAGCUUUUCUUCUUAUUUCCUUUGUCUUAUGCUCCUCACAGGCUCAGCGUUUAGUUAACCUUGUUCUAUUGCCCGACGCUGUGAAUGACGGCGCUGUUUGUCUCGACGGGUCAGCACCAGGCUAUUACAUCAAUAAGACAUCUGUAAAUCGAUGGAUUAUUCACUUGGAAGGCGGUGGAUGGUGCUACAAUGAAAGUGACUGCUAUCAUCACAUUUUCACGUGGAGGGGUUCCUCAGCCUACUGGAAGCAGACACUUAGGUUGAGAGGAUUUCUCAAUAAUGACCCGGAUGUGAAUCCAGCAUUUGCCAACUAUUCUGCUGUAUUUGUGCCUUACUGUGACGGCGCGUCUUUCUCUGGUAACCGUGAUGAUCCAAUAACAGUCAAAGACAAGAAAAUCUACUUUCGUGGUCAUCGCAUUCUGAAUGCUGUCCUGAGCGCUCUCAUACAGAACGAACAAAUAGAUCAGGCAGAAGCUAUUAUUCUUACUGGCUGCUCUGCUGGUGGACUGGCUACGUACCUGCAUCUGGAUUAUGUUCAGUCGAUGUUUCCAGACAUCAAAGUGCAUGGAUUGGCAGAUGCAGGAUACUUUAUUGAUGCAGCCAACAUACACUGGCAGAUGUACAUCAGAGAGCAAUAUCAGCAUAUCUUUGUGAUGCAGAAUUGCAGUGGAGGUGUCAACAGUGAUUGCAUUCGCUCAAAGAAAGGGAGCGAACGUUGGCAGUGUUUCAUGGCUCAGUACACUUACCCGUAUAUUAAAACACCCAUUUUUGUACUCAAUGCUGAGUAUGACACGUGGCAGCUUGAAAACAUAUUACAGGUCGGUUGUAAGGCACCGAAUUGCAAUGAUAAACAGAUGCUGAAGGUUGCUUAUUGGCGAACGAAAUUCUUAAAAGCAAUCCUACCAGUUAUUCGAUCGACUACCAAUGGAUUGUUCACUGACGCUUGCCUUAAACACUGCCAGAGUUUGAUCGAUCGGACAUGGUCCGAAAUUAGGGUUUUGAAUCAAACUGCGCAUGAUACGUUUGUCAAUUGGUUGGAUGCAAAGGGGACCGGGAUUGUCAGAGCGGUUGAUAAUCAUACCUAUUCUCACAACCCGACUUGUGGUUCCCCUCUCCCGCCUAAGUGUCCAAAUGGCUCAGUUUAUGAUAUCUGUGUAAGACGUGUCGGGCGUUGGAUUACGCCCUGUACUCCUGCCUGUGUAUGUUUACCAGGAAUGCUGCAGAGCAAUGGUAUAUGUUUUACAUCUGGUGAGUUCAAGAGUAUGUUGGGUUUCUACAGAGUUGAUUGUGUUUGUGGCAUAUUGUAUAUUCUAGUGUGUCAUUACAAUGGUAGAACAUAUCAUAAUGGAGAGAGACUUAAUUCUACUGAUGGGUGCAACAAAUGUGUUUGUCUUCAAGGCCAUGUUGCAUGUACAAAGAAGGCAUGUCUUGUAGUUGUACACGUACCUCCACUGUUGUGUCCAAAUGGCAAAGAGUACAGAGAGUGUGGUCCUCGAUACCCACAGACUUGUCAAAGAUCACGGAUACGCACUCUUGAGUGUGUACGUGGCUGCUUUUGUCCACAUGGUUUUGUAGAACACAACGGUCAAUGCAUUGAGGUGUACAAGUGUCCACCAUGGUGGCAGCCACAAGGUUCUCCUCAGUCUCUAAAGUGUCCAAAUGGCUCAGUUUACGAUACCUGUGGAUCAGCGUGUCCAUUGACUUGUGAUCCAUAUCUCGGGCUGUGCACCAAUCAGUGUGUUCCUGGCUGUUUCUGUCCAACUGGAAUGCUGCAAAGAAAUACUAUAUGUGUUACACCUGAUGAGUGCAAGAUGUGUUAUUACGAUGGUACAACAUAUCGUGAUGGAGAAAUUAUAUUUACAUCUACUGAUUGGUGUGAGAAAUGUGUUUGUCUUGAAGGCCAUGUUGCAUGUACAAGGAAUGCAUGUUGGCAAUUGGAACCUCCAGUGUUGUGUCCAAAUGGCAAAGAGUACACAGAGUGUGGCAGCUCAUGCCCACUGACCUGUCAAGAAAGGACAAUGUUUUUUAUUUGCUCUCUCAAUUGUGUAGUUGGCUGCUUUUGUCCACGUGGUCUUGUAGAGCACAACGGUCAAUGCAUUGAGUCAAGCGAGUGUCCACAAGAGACGCCCUGCAAACAGUUGAGGAGAAAACAGUUAACUACAUGUGGUGGACUCAUGGGUUGCUUUGUCACGUUUUGUAAACUUGAUGGCUCAUUCAAUAGUCUACAGUGUCAUCCAUCAACUGGUUACUGCUGGUGCGUGGAUGAGUCUGGUAACAAAUUGGAAGGAACAGAUACAGCUCGACGUCUUGUUUCAACGCUGGAUUGCACGAGUUUUCCUCGUGGAUGUGAGCUUAUCAAGGGAAAGAAAGAAUUUGUCUAUAGAAAUGGAUGUCGCAGUGUGCGGAGAGUUUUUGUUCCCAUGUGUACGGGACAGUGCACGUAUGAAGGUUCAGGAGCACGGUGUCGUGCUGAUGGAUUGAAGAAACGAAUGGUGGAAUUCCAGUGUAAACUUAAUAAAGAGCAAGGAGCCAAAAAGUCUAUGAUCACCAUGCCAAUUGCUGUGACUGAAAGUUGCAGUUGUUCUGUGGGGUAUGUGAGAGUGAAUUGAAGGCUGAUGAUGAACAUGAACUUCUGGUAACGUUUGUCCUUGCUCGUCUGUGCGUGACUGUAAGCUGCUAUGUUACUUGAAUGGUAGAGAUAUGACUGAUUUCGUGACUUGA